AGAAGUUUCUCGUCUCCCUGUCUGUGGGCUGCGUUUUUCUUUCUCCUCUUUGAGGCUCUCUGAUGCUUAGAGCGAGCUCAACUCAAAGGUUUCCAGCCUCACACUCGCUUCACAUUCCCCCACAGUGACAUCAGGCUCUGUGUUUCUGAGGAACACCGUGCGCCAGCCUCUGAUUCAGUCUCCUCUUACCUGCAGGUGCUCUGGAAACUUCAAAAUGCGACUGGAAGAACUAAAAAGACUACAGAAUCCUUUAGAACAAGUUGAUGAUGGAAAAUAUUUGCUUGAGAAUCACCAGCUGGCCAUGGAUAUGGAGAAUAACAUUGAGAACUAUCCCCUCAGCCUACAGCCCUUGGAGUCAAAGGUGAAAAUCAUUCAGCGAGCAUGGCGAGAGUACUUGCAGAGGCAGGACCCCCUGGAGAAGAGGAGCCCAUCCCCACCUUCUGUCUCUUCAGACAAGCUGAGCAGCUCUGUCAGCAUGAACACCUUCUCCGACAGCAGCACACCCGAUUACCGAGAGGAUGGGAUGGAUCUAGGCAGUGACGCCGGCAGCAGCAGCAGCAGCAGCCGCGCCAGCUCACAGUCCAACUCCACCAAAGUGACCCCUUGCUCCGAGUGCAAAUCCUCAUCGUCGCCGGGGGGUAGCUUGGACUUGGUGUCUGCUCUGGAAGACUAUGAAGAGCCCUUCCCGGUCUACCAGAAGAAGGUGAUUGAUGAGUGGGCUCCGGAGGAGGACGGGGAGGAGGAGGAAGAGGAGGACGAUCGAGGGUAUCGGGAUGACCGCUGUCCGGCCCGGGAGCCGGGGGACGUGAGCGCCAGGAUCGGCAGCAGCGGCAGCGGGAGCAGGAGCGCCGCCACCACCAUGCCGUCCCCGAUGCCUAACGGCAACCUUCAUCCGCACGACCCCCAAGACCUCAGGCACAAUGGCAACGUGGUGGUAGCCGGACGGCCGAACGCCUCCCGGGUUCCCCGGCGACCCAUCCAGAAGACCCAGCCUCCAGGGAGCCGGCGCGGAGGCCGGAACCGGGCAUCUGGGGGGCUCUGCCUUCAGCCUCCGGACGGCGGGACGCGCGUCCCGGAAGAACCCCCUGCGCCCCCAAUGGACUGGGAGGCGUUGGAAAAGCAUCUGGCCGGCCUGCAGUUCCGGGAGCAGGAGGUGCGAAACCAGGGUCAGGCGAGGACCAACUCCACCUCUGCACAGAAGAAUGAGAGAGAGUCUAUCAGGCAGAAGUUGGCACUCGGAAGCUUCUUUGAUGAUGGCCCAGGAAUCUAUACCAGCUGCAGCAAAAGCGGGAAGCCAAGCCUUUCCUCGAGGCUACAGAGUGGGAUGAACCUCCAGAUAUGCUUUGUCAAUGACAGCGGCAGUGACAAGGACAGCGAUGCAGAUGACAGUAAGACUGAAACCAGCUUGGACACGCCCUUGUCCCCCAUGAGCAAGCAGAGUUCUUCCUAUUCGGAUAGAGACACGACCGAGGAGGAGUCUGAAUCCCUGGAUGACAUGGACUUCCUCACAAGGCAAAAGAAGCUACAAGCUGAAGCCAAAAUGGCCCUGGCCAUGGCCAAACCAAUGGCCAAAAUGCAAGUCGAAGUGGAAAAACAGAACAGGAAAAAGUCUCCAGUCGCCGAUCUUCUGCCGCACAUGCCUCACAUAAGUGAAUGCUUGAUGAAAAGAAGCUUAAAGCCCACCGACCUGAGAGACAUGACUAUUGGGCAGCUACAAGUGAUCGUCAAUGACCUCCACUCCCAGAUUGAAAGUUUGAAUGAAGAGUUGGUCCAGCUGCUCCUCAUUCGAGAUGAGCUGCACACAGAACAAGAUGCCAUGCUGGUGGACAUAGAAGACUUGACUAGGCACGCUGAGAGUCAGCAGAAGCACAUGGCUGAGAAAAUGCCUGCCAAGUGAAAGAGAGCCAUCCACCAGAGGACAAGCUAGAAUUUAUUUUGCUUCUGUGGUCGUAAAAAAAAAAUGCUGUUGCUAAAGGUGGCUUCGAAACAGACAUCAGUGUUAGUCAUUGGUAAUGUCCGAGCUUACUGUCCCGUGACUGGCCUUCGCUUCUUAAUUUAUUUUAAUUUUUUUUUUUUUACUCUCGCCACUUACUAUCAGGCCUUUUAAUAAAAUAUUGUUACAAGAACUGUACAGUACUUACACCACCAACAACCGUGGAUAAGCAGAGGGUAGUUUUAACUUUAUUUUUGUUUAGCGACUUUAAGUUGGAGCAGUAUUUUACCAUUGACUAUUUCAUUCUUCACUGUAGCUUUGAAGAGGAACUGUAAAUGACGGUGCUAUACAAGUCAAAAUACACGCCUGCCUCGUAGUGAAGUCGUAGCUCUCCAUACUACGUAUAUUCUAAUCAGUUUUCAACAUUUUGUGAAUGUUGACUACCUGAGGUUUAUUCUUAGAUGUGCUAUUAACAUUCUGUCGGAUCCACGUGGUUCCUUGGAAGUUUUAUGUAUAAAUAUGUAAAAUAAAAAUUAAAACUUUGUUUCAUAU